AUGUGGGACGAGCAGGUCGCGCGGCAGCUCGAGGAGAACCCAAGGCCGCCGUCCUCUUCCGCCUGGCCCGAGACCUUGCGCCAAGUCCGCAUCACCGGCGUAGUGCACAAGGUGACGAAACGCGAGACGGAAAUGCUCUUUAGGCUCUGCUCGCGAGUGGAGCAGAUCUGUUUCUACGCCCUGAGCCAGGGCCAGGACCACCCCUUCAAUCAAAGCAACGACGAGCCCUCCCACCAGGAGCGAGCAGAGUACCUGCAGGGAAUGAUGGACCGCUACAUGCUCUCGCCACAGGACGUGCCGCUGCCUGCCGCGUGGGGCGGGUUUCGACUGGUGCCGGACACGAUCGAGUUCCUGGACACCCGGGCCGGCUGGACGCAGCGCACGCUGUACCACCGCACGCUCGGCCUAGCGACCACGCCCAGCGUUGGCGACCAGGGCGCCGCCGCCACCGACGUGCCGGUGGGCGAGUGGCAACGAAAGUACCUGGUGCCCUGA